AUGGAUCUCACAUCAGAUGCAGAGGCAACCCUGAAGGCGAAGGUGAAGACGGAGGUUAAGCGAGAUCCCGACACUGGUUUCACAUCAGCUGCCACUGCCACAGGUUCUGCUCCUCUUCUCCGGAUAAAAAAAGAGGAAUCACCAGAUGGAGACUAUGGCAAGAUCGACAGAAGCCUACCGGAGGCCCAAGAAGAAGAUAAUAUGUUUGAGGAUGUCGACGAAGACGAAUACGUUGACUUGACUUAUGAAGGAAUCGCUCAUGUCAAUGGAGUUCGACAUUUUGUUUGCGAGGGCUUCAAAAUCCGCCAAAUACCGGAACCUUUCAUUGUCAAGAGAUCGUUGCUUCACCUUUUCCAAUGUAUUGAAAGCAAGGCAAUCGUUUUAGAUCCUGACUAUCAAAGAGAUGUUGUCUGGGAUGAAGGCCGCGCUGCCCUCCUCGUCACCUCAAUUCUGAUGGGCUAUUUCAUACCUCCUAUUAUAUUCAAUGUCAGGAAGACGAUCAUCAAAGUUGAGGGUCAGGAGAAAGAGAAGUAUACACGUACUACUGUUGAUGGUAAGCAGCGGUUAUCUUCGAUUUGGAAAUUUAUGAGCGGCCAAAUUGGUUUCUUCGAUACCAACACCCCCCAAAGAAAGUGGUACUACUGCCAUCCCAUUGUGAACGGUCGAGAGGUCGCUAGUGGUCGCAACAUUCUGCCACGGGCUGUGAAAGAGUUUUUCCAGAAUCAAUUCUUCUGUUGUUAUGAAUAUGAAGAAUUGUCCAUGGAUACGGAGGAGACAAUGUUCCAGCUUGUGCAGCGAGGCAUCGCUCUCACGCCAGCGGAGAAGAUGCGUGCUAUGUCGACUGAAUGGGCCGCUUUUGCCAAACAAUACGAGGAUGAUUAUGUACUGAUCGUCAAUCUAUCAAAACAGAGUCGUGCCUCUGGCUUUCGACUUAUUCUAACAAUUUUCACGAUGGUCCAAGAAGUCAUGGCCAAGCAGCUUACUAAGAAAAAGAGCAGAAAUGCCAGAGAUGCUCCUACGUUACAAGCCAGUCCUCAGGCAUUACUGCGGGUGCUGGACGAUCAAGGCGAAAUCAGCCCAGCUCUCAAAUUAAAAAUGAAGGCUAUCUUCGACAGAUACGAAGGCCUAGUGAAGCUUUGUUCUGUGCAAUACACAGCGACGAAAUUCAAAGUCAAGCUGAACACGGUCUUCCACCCCGCUCCCAAGUUUUUGACAGACGCAGGUGUCAACCACGUCCGCACAUUUUCUCCGCUGGAACUUGUUGUGACAGCGAUUCUCAUCGCGGUUCAUAUGGACUAUCGAUCUGAUACGCAGCUCCUUGACGACAUCAAGGCCAUGCGUCAAUACCUCCGUAUCGAGCAUAAAGAUCUCCGGGUCAAUGCGCAGUGUUGGGGAACAUCAUGGUUCUACAUCACCGAGAUCAUGGACCGGCGGCGAGGACUCAAGCCAACGAGCGACCCUCCUGCAGAAGACCCGAUGAUGAAACUGCGGCAAGCCAUCGAACAUGGCCCAACCCGCAGACCUGGUCCCAACGGAGAGCUCUCGGACUCGCCCCUCUCUUCUGUUCCAAGCUCGUCAGAUGAUGAGACUAUGGACGAAGCAGAUACAUCUUCAUCAGAAGAUCCAGAUGCGACUGAAGAUGAAGAUGAAGAUAUCAGACCUCGACCUAGUCGUCGGGCAUUGGUCAAGAGACGAGCCGCAGCUGCUAAGAGACAGCGGAAAGAGAGACCAAUGCCUAAGAAGUCUGCAAAGCGCAGUCGACGACUUGAAAAAAAGAUCAAGAAAGCCAGACCGGCGAAGAAGGCUAGGAGAUCGAGAAGGAGUUUAGAUAUUACGUUUGAUCAGUUGUAA